UUACCCAUAUUUUGAUGACGUAGUUCACAGGCGGUGUCGGGAAGAGAUUAUCAGGAUAUAAAAGGAAGAAAGAAAAUAUAUCGAAUAUGCCUCCUGCUCCAGUGCGCUGGUGCAUGGCUCUGGUGAGGUGGUUCCCUGUUGUGUUCAUAACCGCCGUCGUGGUCUGGUCUUACUACGCAUAUGUGAUUUAUAUGUGUUUUGUAUCAGGAGUGGUGGACACAGUCGCAGAACAAGUUAUACUGUUGUUGCUGUACCAUCCGUUCUUUCUAUUCUUUGGCUGGUCUUACUGGCAAGCUAUAUAUACAGAGCCUGGGAAAACACCUAAACAGUUUUAUCUCUCAGAACAAGAUGUUGCAAGAUUUGAAUCUUCAGAGAAUGAAGAGCAACAGCGACAAAUAUUGGCAAAAUUGGUCCGAGAUCGAAAUUUACCAGUGCAAUGCAGAACAGCUACAGGGGCAUACAGAUACUGUGAGAAGUGCAAAUGUAUUAAACCAGACAGAGCACACCAUUGCUCUAUGUGUGGGACUUGCAUACUUAAAAUGGAUCACCACUGCCCUUGGGUCAACAAUUGCGUGUCUUUCACCAACUACAAGUUUUUUGUCAUCUUCUUGGGAUAUGCACUUCUGUACUGUUUAUACGUGACAUUAACAGUGCUUAAAUAUUUCAUAAGAUUUUGGACGCAGGGUGGUUUCCACAACGACUUGGGCAGGUUUCACAUCCUGUUCCUGUUCUUUGCCUCCGUGAUGUUCUCUAUAAGUCUCAUCUCACUGUUUGGCUACCAUGUUUUUCUAACCCUACACAACAGGUCAACAUUAGAAUCAUUCCGAGCACCCAUAUUUAGGUCUGGCCCAGACAAAAAUGGCUUCAGUCUUGGGAAAAGAGCCAACUUUCAGGAAAUAUUUGGUGAUGAUAGGAAGAAGUGGUUUCUACCAGUAUUUACUAGUCUUGGCGAUGGCUUGUCAUUUCCAACACGAGUAGAUGCUAAUGUUGCGAGCUCGUACAACACGAUGAGUGAGACAAAUCCAGCCACGGCAAGCCCAAGCUUUGGAGACGGUGUGACUUAUCCCACAAGAACAGAGGAUAUAGACUCAGAUACUCUGCUUGGGGCAAGACAGAGAUGGGCAGAGGAAGGAGGGGAGGAGGAAACUUCUCCAGUAGGAGCGUCAAAGGUGCAUUUGAUCAAUGAGAGAUAACGUGGACUGGACUUAGACGCAUAGGGAUGUGAAUUUGAUGUUGUACUGCCAGAAACAAUGCUGAUGUUUCAUGCUCUAUCUCUGAUGUACAGCUACAAGUCUGACAAAUAAAUAGAACUUAGAUAUCAGGAUGACUGUGUUAAGUGAGUGUUGAAGCUGUUGUCACAUGAAGACAGUCUCUCUGAAAUGGAAAGUAUGGAUUUGGAUUGAAAGUUUGUGUUUGUUAUAUUGCUAGAGGAAGUUGAGGAAGCCAGAUAGUCUUUACUAGAAGACGUUGAAGUUAUUCAGUUCACAUUUAAUGAACAAACUAUACACAAUUAAAGUGAGCUUUAUUUAUUCCAGGAAUAGAAUUAUGUUGUGGAUAAAACAUAUAUUGCAUCCUUGUAAGAAGUGUGUGAAAAUGAGAUUUGUCUGUAAAACAGACAUUAAUUCACUCACCUUUCUGUCAUUUUGUGUUGAUGACAUUGUGAGUCACAAAACAGUACUCUGAUGGUGCAUUCAAACCUGGCUACACUUAAACCGAAAAUGGUCUAGGUACUACACACUACAAGAUACACAGAUCACACGGGGAUCCUAGUAGGAACUCCCAUCAAUUAUUUGUUGCCUACACUAGUUUACAUUAAGCUGGACAGGUGUGAAUGCCCCUUGACACUCAGGGUGAAGAGACAGUAGUAGACUGUGGUCACAAUAUACAGGGUAGAUACAAUGUUAUAAUAUAAUACAGCAAAGGCACACAUUGACACACAUCAAAUGUACUGUUCAUAUUUGACUGGGGAAGAGAAAUGCACAGCAUAUAUGAUGUUGACUAUUAUAAAUAUUAGAAAAGGUGGUACUGAUACAUGUUUAGGCUUGAAUAUAGCUAUUAUUAUUUCUAAGAUAAAGAAAUACGCAAAACCGCUCACUUCUUGAAUUGGUUUAUUAUCAUCAGGAGGAAGACUGAUUUCCUUUCACUAGCUUUAUUUUCCAGUGUUUUACCUUGAAUAUGAUGACAAAUUUCACUUUUGUAAAACUUUAAAGAACCAAUCUCAAGGUAAUGCUUCAUAUUUUGUUUGAUCAGUUGUUUUGAAACAUUGCUAUGGUUGUUAAGAUACACUUGACUAGCUAACAUAUAUUAAUAUAUAACAGUAACUAGACUUGGUAUAUUUAUUAUGUCAUCGUAAGUUUGCGUCUGUGAUGAUCUGGAGCUUGGCCACAGGAAGGUUGAACCAUGGGGAUGACUUGCCGGGAGUUUCCCCCAGGAAUUUUUUAUAGACAUGUACAGGACACAUGAAUAACUUUUGUUCACAGUUUCAUGCUUGCAGAUGCUGGUUUGACCUAUAAGAAUUUCUUAUGUCAAUAGCUGUAGAAAAUUAACUAGCCAGUAUUUUGUCAGCUGACAGUCAGACUUCAAGAAAACAAGGGCAGUGAUAGGUAAAUAUCAGUUAAUUUUCUAUUGCUAUUGACGAAAGAAACUGCAUUGGUCAUUUCAAGCACAUAGCUAAUAAAACUGUACAACAGUUUGCUUUGUCACUCUUCAACAUAAUGUAUUAUAUUGUCAUAGACACCAGUUUUUGUUUCUGUGGUAUUUUACUUCAAAGUAUUAAACAUGUUUUGUA